CAGAGUCUACCCCGGGCCGAGGUAUUGUUGUACAGGUGCUGACGUCAUACUUGAAGGGAUAAGGUUGCCCCCUGCGACUUCACACCGUCAGAUAUUUAUUGGAACCCAGCCGGCGGUGUCAGGAGUGAGUGGGUAUGCGUAUAUAUACACACAUAUAUAUACAUGAUGUAAGCGAUACGGCAUACAAUAUACCUCCAAUAAUACACACACACACACGCGUACCCCCACCUGACGAAUAAGUAUGUGGUUGUACGUACGGACUAGGUGACCGACUUAGUACUACAAUCUGUUAAAACAAACAUCGGAACUGACGGCUACACAACACACGUGCAUAACACCGACUUGGGGACUGCACAGACGGACGUUCUGUUUUUUAUCUCUUGAUAACAGAACCCCAACAAAACCGUUGUGCAAGGUGUAACCAAUGCUGAGGACGUCGGUAUCGUGCGCCUCGAGGAUUUUUAUCACAAAUACAUUGCUCAACAGAUAACUGUGUUUUGUCGGAGUUGUGAAUUGCAAAGACUUGUUUUCAAAGUGGUGCACGUGCCCUUGAAUUUGAGCCGGAGGUUACAAACACAAUCUUGACGACAUUUGUAAAGACUGUACCGUGCUAUUUCUAUAUUUGAAAUUGCAGCGUGUUUGAACUUCGGAGGUAAUUUCCAGGAGUAUUCAGUUCAGUGGGAUGGUUCGAGUAACGUGCUGCACAUUGGGUGUACACACGGUCUAACUGUGGCUUCCCUUGGCGACCUUGAAAGACUUUUUGGUCGCGAAUUAGAAAGUCUAAAUAUCAGUGCUACGGACCGAACUCUGCCUGCAUUGGACACUUCCAAGGAUUGGAUUAUCUCCCCUAGUACCUCUCCCCACCACAUGGCUAACUCUCACUUUACGAUCUCCCCCCGGGACGCGGGUCGUCUGGUGCAGUCUCACCGGAAGUCAGAGGACGAACAACAUUGUUUUUUACUCCAAAUCUCAUUCCAAACUGUGUAUAGUGAUGCGGAUAUUCCAAAUAGUGUCAUCAAAAAACUCCCCCGUCUGGUGAACGGUAUUCCCCUUGGGGCCGGGCUCAUGGCCCGGGAUCAGAUGGGCAGUAUACGUUGGCGUUAUAUCGAAGGUGGACGAAAGAUGCAUACCUUUGUUUCAAAACCAAUUUGUCAAGAGGAGGCAGAGGAAACUAAACGGGCUCUAAAAGACAGACUUGUAAAACAGUCCCAUGCGAUUUUUGGUGACAUUACGGUAAAAGCUACCGUAAUUCUAUCUCAGUGUUUGAACUUCGACGACGAUUUCAUUAUCAAUGAUAUAGCUAUACCCCUGGACGAGGGCUUACAUUUUAGAGAUUAGGCGUGUUCUUAUCUUUAUACAUUAUCUGUAAAUCUAGGGUUGUCACAUUGUUUUCCAUCCAUAUUGUGUUAAGUUGAUGUAGAAACAGUUUGAGUGAUUGCUAGUCAUUUGAUAUUUGCUUAAAUCUCAAAGAAAAACUGAAACAGUAGUUGUGUGUUUCCAACGUUUAUGUCGAAUUAAGAAGAUGUCUGUGGUUGCACAUAUGUGUGUGUGUGUCACUGUGUGUACGAGUAUGUAGGAGAAACUGUUUGUGUACGAGUAUGUAGGAGUAACUGUUUGUACACGUGUAUGUAGGAGCAACUGUUUGUACACGUGUAUGUAGGAGGAACUGUUUGUACACGUGUAUGUAGGAGUAACUGGUUGUACACGUGUAUGUAGGAGUAACUGUUUGUACACGUGUAUGUAGGAGUAACUGUUUGUACACCUGUAUGUAGGAGUAACUGUUUGUACACGUGUAUGUUUGUGUAACUGUUUGUACACGUGUAUGUAGGAGUAACUGUUUGUACACCUGUAUGUAGGAGUAACUGUUUGUACACGUGUAUGUAGGAGGAACUGUUUGUACACGUGUAUGUAGGAGUAACUGUUUGUACACGUGUGUGUAGGAGUAACUGUUUGUACAC